UUUUCUGAGUAUAAAACAAUUUUAAAAUUUUGUGCUAAAUUUAUCGUCUUGAAAAAAAUUCUAUCCAGUUUGGUUCAAAUUUUUAAGACGCAUUAAUCAGAAAUUUUAAAUUUGCUGUCCGAAUCUGAAAUAAUUUUAAAAGUUUUGUUGUAAAUUUUGGUUCUAAUUAAUGGAGAUAGUAAACUCCAGACAUCGGACAUUCUCCACUUGUCUAACAUAGUUAGAUGGUAGUUUCUGGUUAAGUGGGUCUUCAGUCUUCACUCAACGCAUCACUUGCAUUAAAGUGCUGACCAUUACAUUGACUUUAGCUCUAUUAAUUUUGAACCAACCCAAUAUGACUUACUAUUACCUACAAUUAUGGGAAUUUGGUUAAUCAUCUUCAUCUCCCUCGCACUCUCCACCCUCAUAAAACUCAUCAUCUACCAUAUUUCCUCCGCCAAAUCCCCCACCCCUAACCUCCCUCCCGGUCCGUCUCCGAUACCCAUCUUCGGCAGCUCACUAUGGUUAACCACAUCGGUCUUCGAUCUCGAGUCAGCUCUCCACUCUCUUCACUCCAAAUUCGGCCCCAUCCUCACUCUCCACACCGGAACCCGCCCCACCAUCUUCAUCGCCGAUCGUUCCAUAGCCCACCAGGCCUUGAUCCAACAGAAUUCUAUCUUCGCCGACCGCCCACCGGCCCUCGGCAUGGAAAUAAUUAACACUAGUAAUCAACUUACUAUUAGCUCCGCCUUUUAUGGUCCCACCUGGCGAAUUUUACGGCGGAACCUGACCGCGAAAAUCCUUCAUCCUCUGAAUAUCAAAGCCUACGCACAUACAAGAAAACGGGCUCUGCAAAUACUUAAAGAUCGGAUUGAAUCGGAGUUUAAAGAAAGGGGAGAAGUUCAGGUGAUGAGUCAUUUUCAGUAUGCAAUGUUUUGCUUGAUAGCUUUCAUGUGUCUCGGUGACAAUCUUGAAGAAAAUGAGAUCAAGAUAAUCGAGGAAGUUCAGCGUCCAUUAUUAUUGAAUUUUGUUGAAUUCAGUGUGUUCAGCUUCUGGCCAAGUUUGACGAAGUUUUUGUUCAAGAAACGAUGGGAUGAGUACAUGCGAAUUCGAAAGAAUCAAGAAAAUGUAUUGAUUCCUCUUAUAAGAUCAAGAAAAGAAAAAAGAUUGAGUAGAAAUCAAGAAACGGAGAAUAAUUUACUUUUGUCAUACGUUGAUACAUUGAUGGAUCUUGAACUUCCCGAUGACAAAAGAAAGCUUGAAGAACAAGAAAUAGUUAGUUUACUAUCAGAAGUUUUUAACGGCGGAACAGAAACUACGUCUACAGCUCUGCAAUGGAUCAUGGCAAAUUUAGUCAAGCACCCACAAAUUCAAGAAAAUUUAUACAUAGAAAUUAAAGAAGUAGUAAAAGAAACCAUAAUUAGCGAAGAUGAAUUGCAGAAACUGCCAUAUCUAAAAGCGGUGGUUUUAGAAGGUCUCCGGCGGCAUCCGCCGGCGCACAUGGUGGUGCCACAUGCUGUUAGUGAAGAUACAAUACUAGGAAACUAUUUGAUACCAAAGAAUGGGAGCGUAAAUUUCAUGGUGGCGGAGAUGGGAUGGGAUUCAAAGGUGUGGGAGGAUCCGGCGGCGUUUAAGCCGGAGAGGUUCAUGACCGAAGAAGUGUUUGAUAUGAGCGGAAACAGAGAGAUAAAGAUGAUGCCAUUUGGAGUAGGGAGGAGGAUGUGUCCAGGGUAUAGUUUGGCACUAUUGCAUUUGGAGUAUUUAGUGGGAAAUUUGGUGUGGAGUUAUGAGUGGAAAGCAGGGAAUGAAGAUGACAUUGAUUUGUCGGAGAAGCUUGAAUUUUCCGUUGUCAUGAAGUUUCCGUUGCAGGCUCGGAUAAUUCCUCGCCGGAAUCAAAUUUAAAAAUAGAUUGAUACGUUUUCAACACAAAUGUGCUAAGAGUCAACUCAAGUUUGUCAAUUUAAGUGUUUGACAAAUUAAUUAGUUUAUCAUUUCUUUGAUUAAAUAAGGAUCAUAUUUUUUUGUUUGGUACAAAUUUUAUAAGAAUUACUAAACGGAUCU